UCAUAUGGGUUGCCUCCCUCAGGGACCACCCUCCAAGUUGAUUCUUGAUAUUUGCACCUAAUUAGUCAAGGGUGCCUAACAUGCCUCUCUUAAACCAGGUGCUUAGGAUAACCUACUUUGGAAAUAAACAGUAAAAGAAGCUUGAGACGGAAAGUGACAUAUACAGCUUUCUGAUUGGCUAAUGCACUUUCUCUUUAAGUACCUGUUGGAGAUACAUGAUGAGGAGAUAGGGAGCUUAAACCACCAAGGACAUAGAUAAAACCACAGCUGAAAUUUGCAAGAUUUCAAAUCAUCAUCUCAAGUUUCAACUUCAGUUCAUCGUUAUUUGUUGAAAUAAAUUGUCUUGAUUGAGUGAUUGAUUUUAAUUAUAUAUUUGAAGCAUCCAGUCAAAAGUUACUCUUCAAAACUUCCAUGGAUCUUUGAGAAAAACUUUUUCAAGGAGAAGUUUUAAACAUUCUACAACUACCAAAGGAAUGAAGUGAAAUUUCUCUCAUGGGAAGAGAACUACUUCUCACUUGCUAUUCAGACUUGUAAAAAUGCUCAAUCAGAUUAUGAUGAUGUUUUCAGCAAUUAGACAGACAAUAUUUUUCCUCCAGAUCUUUGUGAUUUUUUCAUAUUCUGUGAGAUUGUCUUCUGCACAGUAUCCAUGUAGCCGUACAUACAACAAAGCUAUUGAUGUUGGACAAUUUGAUAGUCCACAGCUAUCACUCUCUGUGACAGUAGAUGGCAAUCCUUCACAUUAUAGUCCUGGUGAACAAUAUUCGGUGACUAUAACGUUAAGUUCACCAUUUACUUUUGUGAUGAUCAGCAGUAUUCAAGUAGACACACAAGUCAACAACAUGCAUAUGUGUACGCCAGUCAUAAACGAUAAUUUUAUGGUUCCGCAGGCAACAUACAACUUUUAUUGGACAGCGCCCUCAAGUGGAUCUGGAUGCAUCGGCUUAGUGGCCAUGAUAUUCUCGUAUUCUACCAGUUUGCUUCAGAAUCUUAUGUUUUAUGAAAUCUGCGAAGGAGGGAUUCCACUAAGACUUCCAUUUGCUUCGAUUGAUUCUGGUGGUGUUAUUUUGAGAGAUGACUUUGAUUCUGACUCAAACUCUGCCCUCAAUUACAUCUGGUCAGAAGUGCAUGGUGGAGAGAUUAGUGAUACUUGUGGUACUGUGAUGUAUGGUAAAUCCAUGGUAUUUUGCAACCCUAGAGGGCCACGAGAAUUGAAUACAGUACAUCUGAACACCAGCACUGCAUCUGUACUGCAAUUUGCAAUUAGUGUAGGUACUUGUCAUCCAGGUGUGAAUGAUUACAGUAUAACAGUGUCGUAUGCUAUUAGUGAUCAGAGGGACUGGAGGAUUAUUGACAGAAUACCUGUGCCUGUCAACACAAGUGAGGCUGUCAUCCAUAUUAUCCAUCUCCCAAAGGAAGCACGACAAGAUGACAUCUGUCUGAGGUUCAAUCAAGAUCUUGCAAUGGACACUGAAACGUAUGAGGGUUGCUGGGCAUUAGAUAACGUCUUGAUCAUCAACGCUGCUAACCCACCUAGUCACCUACAAGCUAAUUUUGAUCCAGUUGAUCCUAAUGACUGGCUGUUCCUUCCCAAUGCUGUGAUUAAAAAUGAAUGCAAUUCUGAAGGUAAUGCUUUGGUAUUCCGUGGCAUGCCUGAAUAUGGAUAUCUGAUGCAGUCAGUAACGUCAAGAGAUUUGAACUUGUUUGUUGAAGGCACAGAGCCUAUCCUGCAACAAAGCUUCGACUACCACUUCCCUGAAGGGUGGGCUAUAUCUGGUGCUGAAAUCAGUAACAUUUGUGGUAGAGUAUAUGGAGCUAAAGCAGCAGUGUUUAAUGGACCAGUUCAAAGGUCGAUGUGUACACCAUUUCAAAAUGCUACAGGUGUUGGGAACUUCCGUUUUUACUUCACAUUAGGUGGCGGUUCAUGCGAUCCUGCAGACUCCGCUGAUGUCAGUGUGUCGGUUGUUGCCGAGGUUUCCGGCCAAUUUACAUACAGUGUGGAACUUGCUAGAUUGGCUCACAAUACUUACAAGGUCUCAAAGUUGGUGUCUGUCGUAGUACCACCCAAAGUCCAAACAUCAUCAACUCGCUUUUGUAUAGUGCAACACAGACAUAACGGUUUAAACCGAAAUGUCUGGGCGGUUGAUAAUGUCCAUCUGCUACCAACAGUACCAAGUAGAACGACGCAUUUACUUCAAUUCAACCUACACGCAGGCUGCGGAGAGCUGCGAGACCCUAGUGAGAUUCAUGUGGAGUUUUCAACUGACCAUGGCUUAAGUUGGUCCUUUGUUCAAUCAGAUUGCUUACCAGGACAAUGUCAAAUGGAUCCAACACCAGAUAGAUCGGUCUUCAUUUCAAAGGACAAUGAAGACAGAUGGCAUCGCAUAACAAUGCCACUACCAUAUGCAGCCCUGACCAGUUCAACUCGAUUUAGAUGGAAAGAACUAGCAGACCAGCAAGGCUCCAACUGGGCUAUUGAUGAUGUAUACAUUGGUCCAGCUUGCCCAAAAAUGUGCUCCGGACAUGGUCAGUGUGGUCCAUCAGGUCAAUGCCAAUGUGACCUUGGGUUCACAGGUCAAGAUUGUGGAGCAGGACUAAAUUCUAUAAGAAAGAGUCUUGAAGAAUACUUCAAUAAUCUGUCUAGCACAGGAUUCAGUAGUGCAUCCGGAGCAGUUGUUGGGUAUGAGUGUGGUCUGCUAGCCAGUGGUAAGGCUUUGGUUUUUAAUCAGCCAGGCCCGAGGGAGCUCACUACUGUUGAGAUGAAUAGCACCGGUGCCCAUUAUCUGAAGUUUACCAUUCGUGUUGGAAGUCAUUCAACUGUAAGCUCAUGUAGCCCGCCAAACGAUCCAGCAGAGGGCAUUCUGCUCCAUUAUUCGUGCAACAAUGGAAUUUCAUGGUCAUUUCUCAAACAUGUUGCAUAUAAUGAGAAUAGGAAUCCAAGUUUUAAUGGAUCUUCUGAGGCUGGUGGUUGGCGUUACGUUGAAACACAAUCCAUAGAAGUUGGCGCUACAUACAUGAUUCAGUUUGAACUGGCUGUGGACUGUGAUAGAAACAACCUCAUGAAAAAUGGACGGAAAAUUUGUCUAGAAUUUUCUACAAAUCAUGGGUUAACCUGGCAAUUGGUAACCAGUGAAUGUUUACCGGGGCAGCCUGGUUGUGAUAACUAUCAUGGAGCUAGUUGCUAUGACAACACUGUCUAUAGUGAAUGGGUUAGAGUCACAAUUCCACUGUCGCGUAAAAUGAGGUCUCUUGCAACUCGAUUCCGAUGGAUACAGAAGCGUUUCCAGCCAUCAGAUUCUUGGGCAAUUGAUAACAUUUAUAUUGGUGAGCAGUGCCCUCGCAUGUGCAACGGUCAUGGAACAUGUGAUAGAGGCAUUUGUAGGUGGGUUGAAACCACUGGAGUGCGUCAGUUGGUGAGUCAUGACAUAGAUACCAUAGCAGUAGAUUUCGUCCAGUUCACAAUCAAGCUAGGAGGAAGUACGAGUGGCUGUUACGGAGCAGACAGCAGAGAAGAAGCUGUCUUGCUGCAGUAUUCAAAUAAUGGUGGAAUUCAGUGGGACUUACUUUUGGAGAUACAUUAUGAGGAAUAUAAGACAGCCAAGUUUGUUCACCAGUCAUUGCCACUGAGGGCUAAGACAGCUAGUACCAGAUUCCGUUGGUGGCAGCCUUUUCAUUCUGGUGUUGACCAAGAUCAGUGGGCUUUGGAUGAUGUGUUCAUAGGCAAUGAUCAAGGUUUUCAAACAAAUCAGAAUGAUCAGCCAAUGAUGAGCAUAAGUAAUGGUGACAUGGAAAUGGAUUAUUGCAUAAAGAAAGGACCAGCUCUUGUGUUCAGAGGAACAGAGGGGGACAGAUCAGCUGUUACAACAGCCAUUGAUGUCACAACUGGAUUCAUUAUCCAGUUCAGAAUUGUUGUUGGAUGCAUGUCCAAAUUUGCAUUUAUAGCACCUGUAUAUUUGCAAUAUUCACAUGAUAAUGGUAUGACAUGGGAGCUAGUUGAACCAGCAUGUGGGCCCUCUGGUCAAGGAGAUGCUUUGUGUGGAAAGGUUGCUAAAAAAGUGGCACAAGAGGGCAGUAUUUAUCACAUGGGUCAAUACAGUCUUUGGCACCUUGUUGUUAUUGAAUUGCCAGAGUAUGUUGUUGGAAAGAAGACGCAGUUCCGUUGGCACCAGGAUAUUGAUCGGAAUGCUCCUGUGUUCGCUCUUGGAGAUGUGUACAUUGGAACUCCAUGUCCUCAAAAUUGUAAUGGUCAUGGUGUCUGCACUGAGAGUGGGUGUGUCUGUGACUUAGCAUUCUCAGGUCCAAGCUGUAAGCCUCAUACUAAUACACUCCCUGGCCUAAAUGACCAAUUUGAAUGGAAUACUCCACAACAGACAUGGUGGGACAAGACUGUCGGUACAGAGAUCAAUCAAGACUGUGGCCAGGUCAAAAUGGGAAAUUCCCUUUAUUUUGGCAUGCAUGGUCCAAGAGAAGCAGUGACAAUUGGUGUCAAUACCACAACAAUUAAGAUUUUGCAGUUCUACAUUCGUAUCGGAAACUCGGAGAAGGGUUAUAAAUGCAAGGAACCAACGAAUCUAGAUGAAUCUGUCAUUGUACAAUACACAAAUGACAAUGGUAUUCAUUGGAAUACUCUGCGAGAAUUGAACCCAUUUAUGUUGAAGGAUGCCCCCCAGCAGAUUACUAUUGAGUUACCACCAAGUGCCAAGACUGAAGACACCAAGUUCAGAUGGUGGCAGCCUACAUCAUCACUUGUGGGUCAGCCAUAUCCUAGGGCACAGUGGGCUUUGGACAAUGUCUUGAUAGGUGCGAAUGACACAAAAGUAUCUGGUUUCCAGGAUGAUUUUAAUCCAAUCACUGACAAGUGGUACAUGUUGAUGGGUGGAUUAAAUCAAGUGGUAUGCCAGUCACAAGGCUUUGCACAGACAUUUCAAGGAGCAAGAGCUGUUCCAAGAUAUGCAGAAACGUGGGAUUUUGAAGUCAAAGAUACGACUUUUCUGCAGUUUGACCUUGUCAUUGGUUGUGAAGAGUCCCUUACGUUUCCGAAUGGUAAUGAUGUUCAUCUUGAGUUCUCAGUAAACAUGGGAAAGACGUGGAAUUUGGUUACGGAAAAGUGCUUGCCACCGAACAUGGGCUGUGGUCAUUACCGGUCUGCUAGUAUCUAUAAUGCACAGCUUUUUAUGAAAUGGAAACGUGUUAGUCUUAUUCUUCCAAAAGCUGCAGUAUCCCCAGCUACACGGUUUCGGUGGUCACAGCCUCAGUUCCGGGAUAAUAGUGACAAGUGGGCGUUGGAUAAUGUUUAUCUAGGCAAUGGGUGUCCAUGGAUGUGCUCUGGCCAUGGCAAAUGCCACCAUGGCAAAUGCAAAUGUGAUCCGGGAUAUGGAGAGAAGAGUUGUGUUCCAAUUGUAACUCGACCUAAUAUCUUGAAGGAAGACUUUGACAAUGCAACCGUUUCCCAUGAAUGGAUAGAGCAACAUGGCUUUGAAAUGAGUCAAAGCUGCGGAAUCAUGGUGUCUAAUCAAGCUGCCGUCUUCAACCAGGAUGGCCUGAGGCUGCUUUCAUCAACUGACUUGGACGCUUUCAUGAUGGAAUACAUACAAUUUACUAUGCGCUUUGGCUGUUCAGCUGGCGUAAACGAUGCACACCGCGGUCACAGCGUCCUUGUCCAAUAUUCCAAUAAUGGAGGCAUCAUAUGGAAAACAUUGAAGGAGAUUUAUUCCCCUUCUGCAAAGGCACCAAAGUUUUUCAAUAUCCAACUGUCUGCUAAUUCACUGAGUAAUAAAACACGGUUCCGAUUCUGGCAGCCAAGACACACUGGAGCCAACAAGCAAACAUGGGCUAUUGAUAAUGUGGUCAUAGGUGGUAACCUGAUGACUCCGAGAAUGAUUCUGGAGGAUUUUCAGAAGCCGGAACAACUUAGUUCAAGUUGGUUGUUCCAUCCAGGAGGAUCCUUCUCCCAGUCCUACUGCUCACCAACUAGUUCAGUUGAUAAAGCUGAUGCUUAUUCUGGAGAUGCCGUCUCAAAAUUUCGUCAAACAUAUAUUUGGAUAGAGCAACAUGGCUUUCAAAUGAGUCAAAGCUGCGGAAUCAUGGUGUCUAAUCAAGCUGCUGUCUUCAACCAGGAUGGCCUGAGGCUGCUUUCAUCAACUGACUUGGACGCUUUCAUGAUGGAAUACAUACAAUUUACUAUGCGCUUUGGCUGUUCAGCUGGCGUAAACGAUGCACACCGCGGUCACAGCGUCCUUGUCCAAUAUUCCAAUAAUGGAGGCAUCAUAUGGAAAACAUUGAAGGAGAUUUAUUCCCCUUCUGCAAAGGCACCAAAGUUUUUCAAUAUCCAACUGUCUGCUAAUUCACUGAGUAAUAAAACACGGUUCCGAUUCUGGCAGCCAAGACACACUGGAGCCAACAAGCAAACAUGGGCUAUUGAUAAUGUGGUCAUAGGAGGUAACCUGAUGACUCCGAGAAUGAUCCUGGAGGAUUUUCAGAAGCCGGAACAACUUAGUUCAAGUUGGUUGUUCCAUCCAGGAGGAUCCUUCUCCCAGUCCUACUGCUCACCAACUAGUUCUGUUGAUAAAGCUGAUGCUUAUUCUGGAGAUGCCGUCUCAAAAUUGAUUGAUACAAGGAAAGCUUUAGUUUUUCAUCGAAGUGCAGGAGAACGAUUUGCCAUGACAACAGAUGUACAUGUAGAUGAUUAUUCAUUGAUACAGUUUGAAAUAAACAUUGGAUGUACAUCUUAUUCGUCGGAUAAAGAUCCUGUUCGUCUGGACUACAGCCGUGACCAUGGAUCUACGUGGGAGUUGCUACGUCCUAAUUGUUAUGCGACAAAUUUCUCCUCAGAUGCUUGCUCCCGUGACCUUCACACUCCAAGUAUUUAUUAUAGCGGGGAAUCCCCUGAUUGGAGAAGAAUUAGUAUAAGUUUAAAUGGACUUCAUAUAUGUGGAUCUGUAAGGUUUAGGUGGGUGCAGGGCUUCUACGAACAUGGUGAAAGUCCCAAGCCUUGGGGCUUGGAUACUGUGUACAUUGGACCAAUGUGCCAUUGUAGUGGGCAUGGUUUUUGUCAAGAUAGAAACACUUGCUUAUGUGAUGAAGGCUAUGCUGGGGAGCAUUGCCAGCUUGUAAGAGCAAAUCCAGUCUUUUUAACCGAAUCAUUUGAAGGUCCACUAGAAAGAAGGAAGUUCAUCCAGUGGAGUGGAGGUGAGCCAACAAAAAAAUGUGGCGUCCUAAUCACUGGAAGAAGUAUGCAUUUUACAGACAGUGGUAGAAGGAUAUUGGUCACUACUGACAUGGAUCUUACUACUGCAACUGUUGUGCAAUUCUACAUCAGACUUGGUUGUGAAGUUGCUCCUGGAAUCAAUCGUGACAACCCUGUUCUUUUGCAGUACUCAACAAACGGCGGGUUGUCAUGGAUUCUCAUUGAGGAAUUACGAUUCAACAAAAAAAAUAAUUCAGUGAUAUAUGUAGCCUUAGAGUUGCCAUAUAUGGCAAGAUAUAAUGCAUCCCGGCUCAGAUGGUGGCAGCCCUCGACAAAUGGGACAUUUCAACAGGCUUGGGCCAUUGAUCAGAUUUAUAUUGGUGGAGAUAUUCAUGGAAAAAGGUUCUUUAAAGAAGACUUCCAGUAUAAUGUACAGAAUGAUGACAAUGGAUUUGCCUUGGAAAAUGACCCAAACUGGAUGAUCUCCCCAGGAAGCACUAGAGCAACUGUGUGUGGUUCUCAAAGACAUGUCCUUAGCUUUGCUGACAACACUUUGAUGCGUUAUACCAUAACCUCGGAUGUCUUGGUCGAUGAGUUCACAUUUUUGCAAUUUGAACUUUCCAUGGGUUGUGACGAGACUUUAUCUUGUUAUUCUGUUGAGUUGGAGUUUUCCAUCGACAUGGGAAAAACAUGGUCCCUACUCCAGAAGGAAUGCAUGCUAAACCAGGUAGAUUGUCUUCAUUACCGGCAGGGAAGCAUCUACACUGCUGAUGAAUAUCAUGGAUGGAACCGAGUAGUUAUUCAUCUACCUGCACAUACCAGGUAAGUCAGCCUUACAUGCAUUAUACGUACCU